AUGCAGCUUCAUGAUGUUUACAUUUCUCAUGAAAACACAAAAUUUACCUGUAAACAAAGUAAUCAGAGCAAAUUUUGCAUCCGCAUAAACCCUAACGCGCGAACGAGGGGAUUUGGGGAAUCAGCUGGAGGGCUGUCGAGAAAUUUGGGGGUUAUUUUUGUGGAUGGAUUGACCGUCUACGACGCCGGGCCGGGGACGGGGCCGGGGCCGCUGGGGACGGAUUUGCCGAUUAUGCAUGACACCGACAGGAUUUAUGAUAUGUAUAUGUUACCAACUGGUGAGGAAAAUUCAAAGCUUGAGAAACAUCUCGAAACUAUAUUAGUGAACGAGGAGAGGAACAUGAGACUUCCACAGCAAUCCCUAUGUCAUGACACCCCUUCAGCAAUUGUUAUUUUGGACUUUUUCUUUGUUUCCAAUGUUGUUUUUUCAAUGGAUAUAUGA